AUGACUCUUGAUUCUCGAGGCUGUGUCUCCAUUGCGGAACUAGUCGUCUAUGUUCCUGCAUUUGUGCUGGCCAUCGUUAUAUGCGUUCGCCAUGGCAUCAGGCAAACUUCUGGCUGGAUCUACACUUUAAUCCUCUGUCUUGUACGCAUCGUGGGUUCAAUCUGUCAGCUAGUGACAUAUAGCAACCCUUCUGUCGGUUUGAUCCAAGCCUACCUGGUUUUUGACUCUGUCGGCCUAUCGCCGUUACUCUUUGCUACCUUGGGACUGCUCUCUCGAUUGGUUGAUUGGAUCAAUACUGAAAGAGGUCCAAUUCUACAAGUCGCACAUUUCCGUCUUGUCCAGUUAAUUAUCACCGUUGGCCUCAUCCUCGGCAUUGUGGGUGGUGUCCAGCGGGGAUCCUCUGAAACCACUACGGGCACCACUCCGCAGCCUUCCUCAGUUAGUCAGGCCGCAAUCAUCCUAUACAUUGUCGCCUUUGCCGCACUCGUUGGGAUUCUACUUUUCUCCCUCGGAUAUCUAAGUUACGUGCCUUCCAAGGAACGAAGCAUCUCGGCUGGCGUUGCCAUCGCGCUGCCUUUGAUACUCGUUCGCCUUGUGUGCUCGGCGCUCUCCACUUUCACUCACAGCAAGACAUUCUCUAUUCUGGGAGGUGACGUCGGGGUAUUUGUCGGUAUGGCUGUGGUUGAGGAGUUUCUAGUCAUCAUUAUCUACCUCGGGCUUGGGUUCGUUGUCCCAAAGUUGCAAAAGGGCCAGCAAGGCGAGGUUGGAAGCGGGCAAUGGCGUCAACGAAGAGAGAGGCCCAUCAAGUUCACCAGCCUUCGAGGUGCCAACCUAGCGUAA